GAGAAAGAGAGAGAGAGAGAAACUCCUCCAAAAAAAGGACAGAGGGAGAGAGAGAGGAACUCCAAGAGAAAUUGAGAGAGAGAGGGUGGAUAGAGGAAAAGGAAAGAAAGAGAGUAACAGAGAGAAUAAGAGAGACAGAAAGAGAGAGAGAGUCUGUGCAGCUGAUAGACUCACAGAGUCAGCAGUUGGACCGGGUGCAUGAGGACACGCUGGUGUGGUCAUGUCUGGAUUCUUUCUGCCUGUGCUGUUGCUCCUCCCCCUGGUGGCGUCUGUCCCCUCCCCCUCCAGGCCGCCUCCCAAAUACUGCCGCAGGUGCUGUGAUCACCUGGAGCCACCCCUCAGCUCAUCCUCCCGCCCUGUGGCCUAUCAGGCGCCGGAGGUUCGCACCUUCAUUAACAUGACCAUUCUCAAAGGAGAUAAAGGGGAUCGAGGAGAAAGGGGCACACCUGGUAAAACAGGUGCAGAUGGUCCUCAAGGCUUCAGAGGGGCCACGGGUGCUAAAGGCAGCAAAGGCCAGGCGGGAGCCCCUGGAGAUCCCUGUAAGACUCAGCACUCCGCCUUCUCAGUGGGCCGCCGGAAGUCCCUGCACAGUGUGGAUUACUAUCAGGCGAUGGUCUUUGACACCGUCUUCGUCAACCUCGCCGAACACUUCAACAUGUUCAAGGGCAAGUUCUACUGCUACGUGCCGGGCAUCUACUACUUCAACGUCAACAUCCACACCUGGAACUUUAAGGAGACGUACCUGCACCUGAUGCACAAUGAGAAGGAGAAGGUGAUCCUCUACGCCCAGCCCAGCGACCGCUCCAUCAUGCAGAGCCAGAGCGUCUUGCUGAACCUGGAGCUUAAUGACGAGGUAUGGGUGCGUCUCUACAAGCGCGAACGAGAGAACGCCAUCUACAGCGACGACGUGGACAUCUACAUCACCUUCAACGGCUAUCUGGUGGCUCCUGCUUCUUAGGAACAGCCUUGAAUAAUAGAGUUCCCAAAUAUCUGACGUGGAUUAAGGUUUCUUUCAGGUUCUCUCAGGGAAGAUUGGUGCGGAUGGUGUUCUCUGGAGAAGAUGCAAACAAUGAAUUUGUCUUUCAUUUGGUAGAUUUAGCUACAAUUUAGCUAUGAUUAUAUUGGUGCUGAACAGGGUUGACUUGUCAAAUAUUGGAGCCUUGACCCUUUCCAUUUUCGUGUUAUGCAGUAGUCAUUUUGGGAAAAUGCCUUACAAGGCUAUAAUAUUUUUUUUUUAAUCUGCGUUAUAGCAUAUAUUUGAUUGGCUGCAGAGCGGCCUCGCUAACUUAUCAACGUCUGGAACUUAGGAAAUGUACAGAAAAAUUUCAUAAGACUUGGAUAUGGAGAACAAUGUUUGGGACACAAAUCCACAUCGCUCAUACUCAUACAUAUAUCUCCUGUACUGUCUCCUGUAUUACACAAUAGUUACUUCAGACUGAUCCUCUGUAUCCUCAGUGGGUCAGGUGGGGUCUGUUUUUCCAAAACUCCUUGUACCCUGAGAAGGGGUUAGUGGAAAACAGUCCAGACUUACAUCAUCAUUUGGCCUGGACCACCUUAUUUGCCAUGUCUGGAAGCAGUCCAAUCCGAGUAAAAGCCUGAGUGUUGUGAGGUGUUUGGUGAUGCCAGCUGGACAGGGCCCCACACUGCCAUUAACAGCAAUUUAGGAAUGACAGGAGUGAUGGAACCACAAGCCGACCUCAUCCUGACGCCUGGAUCCUGUGAAUUAUGGCCAGUGUUACGAAAGCUUUUACAAACAGUCUGUUUAAUGCAAGAUUUAUUUUAACACAAAUGUCCACAAAAUUAUGAUUAAUUACAUAAAACAAGGAGGUCAUGGUAAGAUUUACUGACAGCACAGGUACUAAAAGGUACUAAAAAGCGAUGCAUUUAAUUAAGCAUACUGUCCUUAUUAUUAUAUUAUAAAUCUUAGUCUAGUAUCCAGUUUUGCAAUUCAAAACUAACUGUGAUUUAGUACAGCUUUAAUGGGAAACUCACUAAAACUACAGAGGCAAGUAUAUGCAAGUGUUUCUGAAUUCCAGAAUGGAUUGCUAAUAAAAUUGCUGAGGGCUCAGUUUCCAAGAAACAUCUUAGUAUUGUGAACAGCUUAACACAGAACAAGAGAGAGUUCAGCUUGAUUUUGCUUGAAUUAUCAUUUUUGUGCUAAAAAGCUUUUGGGAAAUCCACCCCUGACCGUUAUUGAAGUCUUAAACUUGCAACACACUGUGAAACAGUUGUACUGUCUGUUUCUUUUUUUGUUGAGAACAUUGAGUAAACAUCCACAAUUCAUGCUAGAAAAAAGUCAAAGAAAAAUGUAAUAACCUGUAGAUCACCCUUUGAUAAUGAUCACCCCCAAACCACCAAACUAAAUUAAUUUACAAAUUUAGCACUGCACAUUUUGAUCCGUUAUUACACCUAACUGAACAUCUGUAGCUACAAAUAAACCUAGGUAGCGCUUAAAGUGAUAGAUUGGACAAAAAGCUAACUUGCACGAUUGUACCCUUAAAUGCAGCCAAUCAUGCUGCAUGUUUCUGUCAAAACUGCAUAAGAAAGUGAAUUGUUGUUGACAUAGUUAGUGUGUCAUAUACAUAAGAAUACAAGGUUUAAUUAUGUUGUAUGUUAAAGAAGCAAACUUAUAUUUAAUGUAAAAGUAAAUUGGUAACACUUAAUUAGGAGUGGUAAUUGGUAAAUGUUUAUUACUCUUAACAGAGUAUCAGUAACACAUCACCAUAUCCGUAAAGUAGCAGUAAUGAAUCACCUAAAUACACUGAGGUAAAUAUCAUAAAUAUGUGCUGUGGAGGCAUUACUUACAUUAGGUAGAUGUACAUGAAAUACAUAAUAUGUGACUUUUACCCAAAACCUAACCCUACUCUUAACUUCAGUCCAAAUUCUAACCUUAAUUUUAACCCCAAUAUAAAUUCUAACCCUAAUCUUAUCUUCAGUCCAAAUCCCAACCUUAACCUCAGUCCAAAUCCUAACCCCAAUUUUCACCUCAGUCCAAGUUCUAAUCCUAAUCUUAACCUCAGUCCAAAUUCCAACUUUAACCUCAGUCCAAAUCCUAACCCUAACCUUAAACUCAAUCCAAAUUAUAUUCCUAAUCUUAACCUCAGUCCAAAUUCUACAGCUAAGGUCAACCUCAGUCCUAAACCUAAACCUAACUUUAACCUCAAUCCAAAUCCUAAUAUUAACCUCAACCUCAGUCCUAAACCUAAACUCAACUAUAACCUCAAUCCAAAACCUAACAUCAACCUCAACAUCUGUCCAAAUCCUAACUCUAGUUUUAUUCUCAUGCUAAGGUUAACCUCAGUCCAAACCUGUGCCUAACCUUAACCUCAGUCCAAAUUCUAACCGUAGUUUUAUCCUCAGUCCAAAUACUAAUGCUAGGGUUAACCUCAGUCCUAAACCUAAAAUCAACUUUAAACUCAAUCCAAAUCCUAACAUCAACCUCAACCUCGGUCCAAAUCCUAACCCCAUCCUUAUCCUCAGUCCAAAUCCUAACCCAAACCUAACCCCAGCCCACAUCCUAACCUUAACUCUAAUCUUAUCCUCAGUCCAAAUCACUACCCUGUAUCAGCAGGUCUGUAACAGUAAUUGAGGGGGUUAGGAUGGUGUAUAUUAGAGCUGUUUCACGAUUAGUAAUUUCUCAUGUUAACUUCUACAGAUACUGUAAACAUUCCAAAUAAAGUGAAAAAAAAAAAAAAAACUAAAUUCAGUUUAGUUUAGUUAGUCUGUAGUAAGAGUCUGUUGAUGAUUUAUUGAAUGUUCAGAUUCUGCUAAAUCAGUGAUAUUUUGGUGAUAA